UAGGAAGGAGGGAUAUUAAGGUAUAUAUAUGUUACAAAAGAGUUGGGGCCUUUACUUGUAGUCCCCUUCUUCUCUGUUUUUCUUGCAUCCCUUUCAUAGAGUGGAAGCCAUGGAAACUUCACAACCCCUCUCCAUUGAAAGCUUUUCAUACAGUUGGUUAGUGAACCUAAAACCUUCUUUAGAUAGUGUAGACAGCUCCCUUAGAGCUUCACUUGAUGCAUAUGAUGAAGCUUCCUUCAUUGAAAUGGACCCGAGGAUGCCACCUUCCAAGAGGUUCUUCAGAAAUUCUCAGGAUUUUAAGUUUGAUUUUCCCAUUUCACAAACUCCCCUCACCCUUGUUCAUGCCGAUGAGCUCUUUUCCAAUGGCCAUGUCAUGCCUUUUUUCAUUAACCCUUCGAAGGUGGAGGCGUACGAAGUCUCCGGUUCGACUUCAUCCCUGCCUACUACCACUUCACAUGCACCAGAUCUCAUGGUUCCGCCAUGUAAAACGAGUCACCCUUCUUUGACAAGGUGUCGAAGAUUGUCCAAGCGGAUAUUUUCCAAAUACUUGAACUUUGUUAGGCCAUUAUAUAGAAGGAUAUUAAGAGGAAGCAAGUCAAGUGGUAGAGCUGAGAGUGUUGAUGCAAGAGUUCAUUCAAGGAAGAACUGGGUGUAUUCGACCACAACAUCUCCUAGAAUCAGCGUCGCAUACUCCGCCGACGAGUACCGAAAAUCAUGUGAUUCUGAAAGCUCGAUAUAUGAGGCAGUUCUCCAUUGCAAAAAAUCAAUCGGAAAAUGAAUGGACUAGAAUCCAUUUCAAAUCCACAUGAAGAGAAGAAAUAGGUGGUCACAAGAAGAUUACUUGGCCAGUUGUUAUUUGUCCUUUUUCUUUUCUGUUCUGACAUUGACAAUGUACAAUUUGUACUGUAAGGAUGUUAAAAGCUGUGAAAAUGUAUUUGGCCAUUGAAUUCUGGCCCUCAUGAGGAAAAAAGUGUAGGGGCUCACAACUUAAAAGGAAAUCUCUCCUUUAUUUCUGUAAAGUUUUAAAUUUAUGAAAUGAUAAGGAAUUUCUUUUUGUUUCGA